AUGGCGCUGGUGAUGGAGCCCAUCAGCAAAUGGAGCCCGAGGCAGGUGCUGGAGUGGAUGAAAGGUUUGGACGACUGUUUGCUGCAGUAUGUUCGGACAUUUGAGCGCGAGCAGAUCACGGGGGAGCAGCUUCUGCACAUCACCCACCAGGAGCUGGAGGAGCUCGGGGUCACUCGCAUCGGCCACCAGGAGCUCAUCCUGGAGGCGGUGGACCUGCUCUGCGCGCUGAAUUAUGGUCUGGAGACGGAGAAUCUUCGCUCUCUCUCCCACAAACUCAACGCCUCGGCCAAGAACCUCCAGAACUUCAUCACCGGCCGCCGCCGCGGGGGUCACUACGAUGGCCGAGUGUCGCGACGACUGCCCAACGACUUCCUCACGUCUGUGGUGGACCUGAUAGGGGCGGCCAAGAACCUGCUGGCCUGGCUGGACAGGUCUCCGUUUGUCAGUGUCACUGAAUAUUCGGUGCUGAAGAACAACAUUGUUCAACUCUGUCUCGAGUUAACCACCAUAGUGCAACAGGACUGCACUGUGUAUGAAACGGAGAAUAAGAUUCUACAUGUGUGUAAGACUCUGUCGGGUAUCUGUGAGCACAUCAUUUCUCUGUCGUCUGAUUCCCUGGUGUCGCAAUCCGCCCACCUAGAGGUCGUUCACCUAACCAACGUCAUGCCCAACGAAGGCCUAGGAAUGUAUAUUAAAUCCACCUAUGAUGGUCUCCAUGUGAUAACAGGCACUACAGAGAACUCUCCUGCUGAUCUGUGUAAGAAGAUACAUGCGGGUGAUGAGGUCAUUCAGGUGAACCACCAAACUGUGGUUGGGUGGCAGUUGAAGAAUCUGGUGAAUUCUCUUCGUGAAGAUCCGAGCGGAGUCAUCCUCACGCUGAAGAAACGGCCUCAGAACACAUUCGGCUCCACCCCAGGCCUGCUCAAAAACGCCCGCUGGAAGCCCCUCGCACUGCAGCCCCUCUCCACCAGUCCGUGUAGCGGGUCUCCAACGCCGCCCAGUACUCUAGGGUCCCUGGGUAUUUCACCUGGUCUGGACACACCUGUUGGACAUGAUGUGUUCAUUCUGUCCCCAGUGUAUGGACACAGGGAGGACGAGUCUGAGCGGGUGGGUUUCGGAGUGUUUGGUUCAGAGUCUCCGGGGUUCUAUGUGGAUCAGGAGGGUCUGGGGGGGCAUCACUUCCCUCUGCUGGAUGAUGAAACAGGCAGGAACAUUGGAAUACGGCGCAGAGACCGGACCCCCACACGCAGUGACCCCCGGCAAGUCUCCAUGGCAACGGAAUGGCUUGCGGAGCCUCAAGAAUCUGGGGUGUAUAAGCGAGGAAGCAGAGACUCUGACUCCUCCCUCUUGCGGUUCCUGAGUGAUGACAGGAUCCUGGUCUUACAGGAAGAGGCGGAGUUUUCCCCACGUGACACAGGCCGGCGGACCAGGAAAAAGAGUCGAAAUCCCAGCAGCCCCAGCUUUCCCAUCAGCCCCUCCAUGCUUGCCCCGCCCGUGCGGCUGGACUCAGGACCCCCAGACGGGCUGCCGUUCCCCGUGCCUGACUCCAACACCAUGCCGCACUACCAUAGGGCCUCAGACACGCUCCGGGCCGACACAGAUAGGUAUGCAAGCUCUGCAGGGGACAGACAAGCAGCAGCAUCCAUGAGGAAGUCUGUGCAUUAUGCCUCCUUAAGGACCAAGACCAAGAAGAAGAACAGAGGGUCUCAGAGUAACUCGAGUCGGAGGCGUAUAGCCUGUAAGGACCUGGGCCAUGGAGACUGUGAAGGCUGGCUGUGGAAGAAGAAGGACGCCUCCGGAUACUUCACUCAGAAAUGGAAGAAGUACUGGUUCGUCCUCAAAGACUCCGACCUCUACUGGUACACCAAUCAGAACGACGAGAAGGCUGAGGGCUUCAUCAGUCUGCCGGAGUUCAGGAUUGACAGAGCGAUCGAGUGCAGGAGGAAACAUGCUUUCAAGGCCUGUCAUCCCAAAAUUAAAAGCUUCUUUUUCGCAACCGACCACUUGGAAGAGAUGAACAGGUGGAUGAAUCGCCUGGGCUUGGCUGCGAUUGGCUACACCCCUGAUGACCCAGUGCCCCGUCCAGAUGAAGAUUAUUGGAGUGAGAGUGAUCAGGAGGAGAUGGACGGCUCCAUGACGCUCAAACAGGAGUCGAGCUACCAUCGCAACCCAUCUGCGAGCUCAUCUAGCCCAUUUGCUGAGCGACACUUCUCCAGUGGCUCCACCUUCUCCCACUCAUCUGCCGAGGACUCACACUCAUCCUGCCGCUCCACCCAUCGCGAGCGCCGCUCCUGGCAGGACCUGAUUGAGACGCCGGUGGGCAGCUCGGGCCUUCACUACCUCCAGACAGUAGGAGGCAGCGCAGUGGGGGAGGGACGGGUCAUGCCACUGUCACCAGAGAGGCUCCGGCAAGCCACUCUUCCAGCCCGGCGCCGGCGGUGCCCACCCGAACGUGACGGUCCUUUUCCACUGACAGACAGCGAAGAGCCCCGUCCACGGCACAACCACACUCACAAACAGAGGAGCCAGAGCCUCCCGCGGAACCGGGGGGUCCUGCACACGCACACGGGACACGCUCACGGCCACGGGACGCUCCGGCCCCGAACACGUCUCCACGAGGAGGAGGAUGAAGAAGAGGAAGAGGAAGGUGUGCGUGAAGCUCAGCAGAUAGACCCGCUGGAGGAGCUUUACCGCUCUCUGGAGCAGGCCAGCGUCUCCGCCUUCGGUCACCAGCGGCCCUCCACGCGGCAGGAGUUCAGGCGCUCCUUCGUCAAACGCUGCAACGACCCAGCAACCAAUGAGAGGCUCCACCGCAUACGAGCACUGCGCUCCACACUGAAGGCUAAGGAGGGAGACCUGACAGCCAUUGGUCAGGUCCUGGACGACCCCUGCCUGACCUCACGGAAGUUUCGAGAGUGGAAGCAGAGGAACCACGAGCUCUUCCUGGAUAUCUGCGAGUUUAGCUCCGUCCCUCUGGAGCCGCCCACUGAACCCAACGACCUCUCACCUCUCUCUCCAACACUGUUGAUGCACACACACUCGUUCAUAGAGACCCACGUGUGAAACGCACACACACACACACACUGCUUUAUACAGAGACAUAUCUGAACCAUGCAUACAUACAGCACUGUGCAAAAGUCAGAGACCCUUUCGCUUAUUUUUCCAGUCAAAACGGCCUUAAAGUUCAAGUCAUUUGUAACAGAGAAUUUGCACAAAAGUCUUGAUAACAAGUCUGAUAUUAAAUCUAUCAGUGUGUAAUUUGUCCUCUUUACUUUUGUGGACUUACUGCCAGUUUAUCCUCCAUCCUUCUGACCUUAAAUCAACCAGUUCCAGCUGUGUCCUCCCAACGAAAGCUGCCCCCAAAGAUCUCACUGACAUUCUGUUCUCCUUCAAAGAGACAAUAAAGGUGCUUUUUCACCGACUGGAACUGGCUCAACUCAACUCGACUCGACUGUCUUUUUUGUUUCCGUUAGGCAAAAGUUGGUACCUGGUACUUUUUCUGGCAUCAUCUCCGUCGAGGUUCCAAAGGAGGUGAGCUGAUUCCACAAGGUGACGUAAAGACGCUACAGACUACUGACAGGUCGGAGAGAAUUGCUAAACAGAUAUGCUAACGUUAGCUACCAGGUUAGCGUCGCCUCUUGCGUCGCCUUUUUUGAGCAACCAGAAUCGUCUAGUCGUCUGAACUCUGGUGUAGUUUUUCCCAAACUCUCCUUUUUUGUCAGCAGUCUUUUGUCUUACUGCCAUCAGCCAAUUCUAAAAUUUGUCUCCUUCACGUCUUGGCAGUUUCGUUUGGCGUCGUUGUGAUGACCAGUGGAAAACAAAGUAGCUGGUACCAAAAGUGAGUUGAGUUGAGUUGAGCCAGAGGAAAUGUGUCUCCCAACAACCACCUGGAAGACCUGGUAGACCCCCAAACUGCCCCCAUCAGAUAAACAGCGCUUAAAGCGGUCAUCCUUGAGACAGAGGAGAAAAUCAAGCUGCUUCAGAUCUGAAAAAAUCCAGUCCAACUCAACGAAGCCAUUGUUUUACGGACUGAUGAGUACAGAUUUGUAAUGAGUAUUGCUCAGAUCUCGAGAAGCAGGAAGUUCAACCAACUUCUAAGACUGAACUUUGGAGGUGUGUCUGCAGAUUUCUUUGAGAAACUCCUGAAAAGAAUGGAAGCUGGAAUAAA